AUGAAAUCUGUUCUUGGACUUGGUGAACAGUUAUUAUGGUUGUGUUUGAAAGAAUUAUUUGUAUUCCGUGUCAUGCAAACUGAUCCGAAUUGGUCAAAUUUCUUGUACAAUCCACAAACAGGCAAAAUUAUUUUAUUGGAUUUUGGAGCUUCCAGAGAUUUUAGUAAACCUUUUGUCGACCUAUACAUUCGUCUAAUUCAUGCAGCUGCUGAAGGUGAUCGUCAGAGUAUUCUUCAAAUUUCAGAAAAUUUGGGUUUCCUAACUGGUUAUGAAACAAAGUUGUUACAACAAGCUCAUGUGGAUGCUGUUAAUAUCCUGGGUGAGGCGUUCGCUGCUGAGAAACACUUUGAUUUCGGUCAACAGUCAACAACUAAACGAAUCAGUCAUUUAAUCCCUGUUAUGCUUGAGCAUCGAUUAACUCCACCACCAGAAGAAAGUUAUUCCCUGCAUCGGAAAAUGUCUGGCUGUUUUCUACUAUGCAGUAAACUUAAAGCUAAAGUUAACUGUCGACCAUUAUUCUAUGAUAUAUGGAAUAAUUAUCAAUUCUCUGAUGACCACAACACUUCUCCUCAGGUUAAGAAUCAAUGA